UGAAGGCUCUCUCCAAUGGCGAUCUCGCAAACAGGCUUUGGUGUCGUGUUCACUCCUAAGGGGGAAUCAUCAUCAGCUCCUCUGAUGACAGCUGCUGCAGCUCUCAGAGGCUCGCCCGAAAAUAUGCAAGAGGCGAAAUGCCGCAGCCUGGACCCUGCAUUGCCUCCAUGGAGGCUCCGUCUCAUAUUUGGAAGCUCCAAACUUGUCCGAUAUAAAUGGAGUAAAAAUGGUCAACUUCUUGCAAGUCACAGCUCCCAGUACUUGUUCGAUCAGAGUUUGCGUCCUUUGCGGGGUCACAGUUUAUCUCUACAAUUGGGGGACUUGGAGGUUUGGAGGGGUCAAAGGCCAGUUUUCUGCGACAAGAGGCCUGGUGCUUCCGGAUAUCAGCACGCGAGACGAAACCAAGGCAGAGUGGGCACAGAAGGUAGUUCCUGCCCUCCACAUCCUGUGAGGGCUGAUGGACAUAAAAGUCACUUUGGCAGCUGGUGGCGAGCAAUCUUCACUUGUGGUCGGCGACAGAACACAAGAAUCCCAGAGAUUUUGGACUUUGGAACAGUGUACACAGUGACGGGGCUGAAGGACGACAAAGAGCCUACUAAGUUUGGGGCCACUAUGAUCCGCUUUGCUCCUCUCAAUGUCCCACUGAGGAGACGCCUGCAGACCGCCGCCGUGUUGCAGUGGAUCUUCUCCUUCCUGGGUUUAGCCCAGUGCUGUCUUGCUGGUUUUGUCCUCCUGGCUGUCUCCUCUUGGUGGACGGCGGCUUUGCUCUACGCCGGUUGGCUGUGGCUGGACUGGGACACGCCCAGUCGUGGGGGUCGGAGGUCCCAGUGGGCCAGGAGUUGGAGCAUGUGGGACUAUUUCAGAGACUACUUUCCAGUAAAGCUGGUGAAAACGGUCGACCUGGACCCGAACAAGAACUACAUCUUUGGAUUUCAUCCGCACGGGGUGCUGGUCGCCGGCGCAUUCUGUAACUUCUGCACCGAGUCCACGGACUUCUCCAGUCUCUUUCCAGGUCUCAAGUCUCACCUGCUGAUGCUGCCAUUUUGGUUCCGGGUACCCUUCUUUAGAGAUUACAUCAUGAGCGGAGGUUUGGUAUCAAGUUCUAAGGCCAGUCUUUCCUACCUGCUGAGUCGCGCUCAAGGAGGAAAUGUCGCCGUCAUUGCAGUGGGCGGAGCACCAGAGUCCCUGGAUGCUCGGCCAGGAGCUUUUAAACUACAAGUGAAAAAUAGAAAGGGCUUUAUCAAAAUGGCGCUGAGACAUGGAGCUCAGCUGGUUCCCGUCUUCUCCUUUGGAGAGAAUGAGCUUUUCGAUCAGAUUGAAAACCCAUCCGGUUCUCGUCUACGGAAAAUGCAGGACCGCCUGCAAAGAAUUUUGGGAGUCGCGUUGCCUCUCUUCCACGCCAGAGGAGUUUUCCAGUACAACUUUGGACUGAUGCCAUACAGGAAGUCCAUUCUGACAGUCGUGGGGACACCCAUCUGUGUCGCGCACAGUCCCAAUCCAAGCAGCGAAGACAUCGAAUCUCUUCAUAAAGUUUACCUGGAGCGCCUGAGUGAGCUGUUCGAGGGACACAAACACAUGUACGGGGUGCAGGAAGACCAACACCUGACGUUCAUUUGACUUUCUCCUUGCUAAGCAGAUAUAUAGAAGAUGCUUUGGUAUUCGGACUGUGAUAUUCUUUAUGUUCAAUAAAAUGACAAACGUUUGAUAGACAA